AUCCAACUAUUAAUCUUGUUUAUCCGUAUAUAGAAUUAUUCAAAAAAAGGUUUGCUUCAAAGAUAGAUGAAACAGUUGAUACUUAUUUGAAUUUGAUUUAUGGAGAAGUUGAAAGUGAAGAGAAUGAAAGUGAUAAAUCUGAUAAUAAUAUUCCUACUGCUGGUACUCGUAAACAAUGGCAAUAUGCACACAGGCAGUUUAGCCAAAGGAUGGCCUCUUGUAGUCAAAGUCAAAGUCAAAAUAUAAGAAUACAAAGACGUUCCGCUAAUGCUGAGUUAGAAGAUACUGAUCAGGCAGUUCCAAUGAAUAUUGCUUUAGUUGCUACGUUUCUUGAUCCAAGGUUCAAACAUUUUAAUUGGGCAACAAGUGUUGAGCGAAAUAGAGUACAGGAUUUGGUAAUGACCCUGUAUAAUGAAUUAAAAAUAAACCUUACUAUUCCAGAUGACAAUGAAGAGAAUUUGGUGGACAGUAAUUAUAAUGAUAACAAUGAUGAUUUUUUUUAUGAAUUAGAAUCAAAUUCUACACAAGUUAAUGUAGAAGAUGAUGAUGAAUUAAAAAAUAGAAGUAGCUUGCCUGUUUUAGCCCAAUUGGCUUGCAAAUAUCUUUCUAUUCUGGCAACUUCCAUGCCGAGCGAAAGAUUGUUUUCUGAUGUCAGCAAACAUAUCUUAGCAAAACGAACUCGUUUGUCACCAGAUUUAGUGAAUAAG